UAGUGAGUUUAUUUAACUAAAAAAUAUUUUAUCAAUUUCUGAACCGCUCCUUAAGGGUUUUAGCAUGAUAAGCACAGACAAAUUAGUUAGACUAACAUGUUAUGCUGUUUUAUCCGAAGUAUUAUAUAUGAUUUCCUCGAAAUUAUUCAAGAAAUUACAACGUCCGAAGAAGAACUCUUUAACACAGUCUCUUAAAGAACAAUAUGACAAAGAAAAUUCUACUGAUGAAUUUCACAAAGUUUUAUUUUUUCCGGAUUCUGGUAUUGUUUGCCGGAGAACUUCUUCUGGAAGAAUAUGUAGGGACAAAAACUGCGCUGCUGUCCACGAUGAAACCUCUUUGAGUGUAUUGAUUAAUUUGUUAAAUCUAUCUCAGAAAAGUAUAGAUGUAUGCGUAUAUUUUAUUACUUGUAGCUUGCUUGGAGAUACCUUAGUCGAAUGUCAUAAGAAAGGCAUAAAAGUAAGAGUCAUUACUGAAGAAAGAAAUAGUGGUGAAGAAGGAGAAAUAUGUGGGGCUCAAAUUGGAAAACUAAGAGCUUCAGGACAAUACAAAGACAACACAAUAGAUGGUGGUGCCAUCUAUGGACAGUUCGAGAGACUUUAGAACCAGGCCAGGAGCCG